AUGGACAACUCCAAUAUUACCACCACAACUGCAGCACAAAACAGCAAUCUCACACCCGCCAUCACAACUGCAGCUCAAAAUACAACUCCAAUAUUAACCACAAUAACUGCAGCACAAACAGCAUCUCCAUCACCAACCACCACAACUGCAGCUCAAAAUACAACUCCAAUAUUAACCACCACAACUGCAGCACAAACAGCAUCUCCUCAUCCCAAUCCACCCCACAAACUUGCAUUCAUCUCAUCACCAACCACCACAACUGCAGCUCAAAAUACAACUCCAGUAUUAACCACCACAACUUGCCGACAAACAGCAUCUCCUUCACCAACCACCACAACUGCAGCUCAAAAUACAACUCCAAUAUCAACCACCACAACUGCAGCACAAACAGCAUCUCCAUCACCAACCACCACAACUGCAGCUCAAAAUACAACUCCAAUAUUAACCACCACAACUGGAGCACAAACAGCAUCUCCAUCACCAACCACCACAACUGCAGCUCAAAAUACAACUCCAAUAUUAAGAACAAUAACUGCAACACAAACAGCAUCUCCUUCACCAACCACCACAACUGCAGCUCAAAAUACAACUCCAAUAUUAACCACCACAACUGCAGCACAAACAGCAUCUCCAUCACCAACCACCACAACUGCAGCUCAAAAUACAACUCCAAUAUUAACCACCACUUCCCCCCCCCCCCCGCAUCUUCCAUCAACCAACCACCACAAACCUGCAGCUCAAAAUACAAACUCCAAUAUUACAACGCCCACACAACUGCAGCACAAACCAGCAUCUCCUUUCAACCAACCACCACAAACUACAGUCUCAAAAAUACCAACGCCAAUAUCAACCACCACAACUGCAGCACAAACAGCAUCUCCAUCACCAACCACCACAACUGCAGCUCAAAAUACAACUCCAAUAUUAACCACAAUAACUGCAACACAAACAGCAUCUCCUUCACCAACCACCACAACUGCAGCUCAAAAUACAACUCCAAUAUUAACCACAAUAACUGCAACACAAACAGCAUCUCCAUCACCAACCACCACAACUGCAGCUCAAAAUACAACUCCAAUAUUAACCACCACAACUGCAGCACAAACAGCAUCUCCAUCACCAACCACAACUGCAGCUCAAAAUACAACUCCAAUAUUAACCACCACAACUGCAGCACAAACAGCAUCUCCAUCACCAACCACCACAACUGCAGCUCAAAAUACAACUCCAAUAUUAACCACCACAACUGCAGCACAAACAGCAUCUCCUUCACUAACCACCACAUCUGCAGCUCAAAAUACAACUCCAAUAUUACCACCAAUUAACUGCAGCACAAACAGCAUCUUCAUCACCAACCACCACAACUGCAACACAAACAUAUCUCCAUCACCAACCACCACAACUGCAUCACAAACAGUAUCUCCAUCACCAACCUCCACAAACUGCAGCCACCAAACAGUAUCUCCAUCACCAACCACCACAACUGCAUCACAAACAGUAUCUCCAUCAACAACCAACACAGCUGCAGCACAAACAGCAUCUCCAUCACCAACCACCACCACUGUAGUUCAAAAUACAACUCCAAUAUUAACCACCAUAACUGCAGCACAAACAGCAUCUCCAUCACCAACCACCACAACUGCAGCUCAAAAUACAACUCCAAUAUUAACCACAAUAACUGCAACACAAACAGCAUCUCCAUCACCAACCACCACAACUGCAGCACAAACAGCAUCUCCAUCACCAACCACCACAACUGCAGCUCAAAAUACAACUCCAAUAUUAACCACCACAACUGCAGCACAAACAGCAUCUUCAUCACCAACCACCACAACUGCAACACAAACAGUAUCUCCAUCACCAACAACCACAACUGCGUCACAAACAGUAUCUCCAUCACCAACCACCACAACUGCAUCACAAACAGUAUCUCCAUCACCAACCUCCACAACUGCAGCACAAACAGUAUCUCCAUCACCAACCACCACAACUGCAUCACAAACAGUAUCUCCAUCAACAACCAACACAGCUGCAGCACAAACAGCAUCUCCAUCACCAACCACCACAACUGCAGCUCAAAAUACAACUCCAAUAUUAACCACCACAACUGCAGCACAAACAGCAUCUCCAUCACCAACCACCACAACUGCAGCUCAAAAUACAACUCCAAUAUUAACCACCACAACUGCAGCACAAACAGCAUCUCCAUCACCAACCACCACAACUGCAGCUCAAAAUACAACUCCAAUAUUAACCACCACAACUGCAGCACAAACAGCAUCUCCAUCACCAACCACCACAACUGCAGCUCAAAAUACAACUCCAAUAUUAACCACAAUAACUGCAACACAAACAGCAUCUCCAUCACCAACCACCACAACUGCAGCUCAAAAUUCAACUCCAAUAUUAACCACAAUAACUGCAACACAAACAGCAUCUCCAUCACCAACCACCACAACUGCAGCUCAAAAUUCACUCCAAUAUUAA